AAAAAGAACGAGUAACUACAAGUACACACGGCCGCACUCAACAGGCCCUAAGGAUCUUCAUUAGUUAUCGCGGGAGUCCGACCCUUCUUUUGCAAAUAUGCCGCCAGAUCAGAGCUGAUGUCUUCGUCAGUAGUUACGGGUUUGAUUAACUAGUUAACUACCCCUAACUUACUAUUUCAAGUUCAUGUUUGAAUGCCGCAAACGAUUUCGAUUUCAACUUUCGAUUUGGUCGCGGGUGUUCGCAACCUUGCUUCCUUGCACUUCUGGAAAUCGGGUGCUUUGCCCGAUCGCAAAUUGACCAGGAGGUUUAAAUAGUAAGACGUCUAAGCACAUAAUAAGACGCGGCGACGCAAUUGGCACGUUAAUCAGCGGUUAAAAGGGCUUCAUAACCUGUAGGAGUAGAAAGAUCAACGCUACUGGCAUUGUUCACUUACCUAGCUAGCAAGGUGCUCGCUCUAUUGCGUCUCCGUUGUGUUGUCCUUACAGGCGCAAACACAAACUAGAAAUGGGAUUGAAGCUCGAUCAUGGAAUAAUAUUAAAGAAGAUAACGGUGAAAUAAAUAUAGCAUUCAUAUUUAUAGUCAAUGCCUCCUACGAUUGAUUGAAGUCUUUGAAGUCUGAGUUCUUAUGUUUUAAGUCCUGAUUCUGUACACUCUGGAGACCAAAUCAUAGAGAACAGAGCGUUUAGCUUGUCUCGGUUGACUUCUUUUAACUAACGCCCGCCUGUAAGGUUCCCGUUCGAAUUAUUUUGCCACAGCUGAAGAUGAGAGAGAGCAAUGAGAUAGAGCUUCCCCUAGGAGGAACUUCUUCUCAGUUAUUCUACUACGCCGAGUAGGUAAUCUGGUAUAUGACUGAUCGAGAUGUGAUCCAGCUCAUGUCCUGCGUCUGCUUGUCCAAGGUUUUGCCUCUCACGACUCAGCCAGCGCUGGUGGACUUUGGAAGAAUUGUUCGUGUCCCAUGGCUCAAUUUCUACCGCAGCGGAGUUUAUUGCCAACAACCAUGACUUGCUUCAUUAUUAUUAUUUAUUCGAAACAAACGGCAUUAUAUUAAAUAGAUUCACGAGGUGGCAAGCCUAUGACGAUAUAAUCGAUUUGCAUUAAUGCAGACUUCUAGCCUAGCCUACGAGCCAUAGCUGCACAAGAUCCACUAAAGCCCGAGCGAAUGAAUGCCCGAGAGUGAUCCCCGACGCGUUGCCUGCAAUAUAUAUAUAUAUAUAUAUAUAUAUAUAUGUGCCAGGAGUUUCCCCCGCAACCAACCAACACAUUUCAUUGAAGAAAUGACGGCCAAUUUUUGAGCUCAUCAUCGAUUGAUAUAAUAAGACCAAAGGGCAAAGAUGUUCACCCCCGUCGAUACCGCUCUUGGAGCUGUCCUUCUCCACCAAGGAUCUUCAGGAUUGCUACAGCAUAAUGGCCGGAUUUUUGGCAUUUCGUCUCUCCUCUCAGGGUCCGUUGUGAAACCCAGCCGUGAUAAUCUGCCGAUCAUAGGAGGGUUGGUGUCGAGCAUCAUCCCAAUUUAUUACUUCGCGCCCUCUAUACUCCCAGCAUAUCCCCCUCUAGGAGCUACAUGGGAAGCUGCUCUGGCCACUCUCACAACGGGCUUCGCAGUAGGGUGGGGCACAAAGAAUGAAAGCGGAUGCACCUCCGGCCACAUGCUCUGCGGUCUAUCCAGGCUCUCUCCCCGGUCCGCAAUCGCAACCAGCGUAUUCUUCAUCACCGCCCUGAUCACCUCAAACCUUCGAAAUACCAUCCCCGCCUGCCCGGGUGGCCAGCCAUGUUAUUUGCCCUCGUACCCAACACCCGAGCGGACUGCAUUCAUGCUUGGAGCAGUCCUGCUUGCCCAGUUUACGAACUCCAUCAUCGUCCCUCGUCUGCCAAAAUCCAAAAACUCCACGACCAUGUACAACUACAUCGCCGGCCUCCAAUUCGGCCUAGGUCUCCUCAUCAGCGGCAUGGCUAAUCCAGCAAAAGUCCUCGGCUUCUUCAGCUGGUUUGACUGGUCUAAGUUCGACCCGUCCCUGUGUCUGGUCAUGUUGUUCGCCGUGGUGCCCAACCUCAUCUCGUACAUGAAGCUAAGAACCGAGUAUGGAGAUGAAAAGGGGAAGAAGCCACCGACGCUGGCGGAGAAGUUUCAACUACCCACGGCGACGCUGGCGGAUAUUGACUGGCGAUUUAUUGCAGGCGGCAUCGCAUUCGGGGUUGGGUGGGGGUUGAAUGGUGUAUGCCCUGGACCCGGUUUGCUCAGGACCGUGCUGCAGCCUAAAUGGGGCCUGUUCUGGAUGGGAGGAUAUAUGCUGGGCGCGCUGUCGGGCUUGUAAAUUACUGUUCUAUGUUCCUGAGGGAGGACCACAGAUAGCUGACCAAUCAGAGCUUGUUUUUCUCGUUGCAUAUAAAUAUCGCAAGUUUGCGACCCAUUUUAUUUGCUUCCUUCGGCAAAGGGGCUGUGACUUGGAAGUUAAGGUAGUCCAAAAUUAAAAUAUUAUUUCCUAGCGUGGGUGCAUGCAAGCAGUAACUAAAACUCAAUUGAACAUGUUAAUCUGGGCGGCUUUAAGUAUUGCUUCCCAGAGAUGUCUUGAGAGUUGAACUUUUCAAAUCAAUUUCUCACAUUACAUAAAUUCGACGAUGAGGAAUUAAGAAUGCAGAACACCUAAUAUGAUGAUGUAGCGGAUUUCAGGUCAUACAAUUUUAAGAAUCGAUACUUCAAAAGUCGAAAUCCGCCCAUACAAUCUCUAUCAAAAGGAAAUAGGAUUCCUGUGUCAUGCCUAGUCUAGAAUAAAAAGUAU